AGAGCAGGGACGGCUCCGAUGCCUCACUUGCCGCCCUUCGUCGCUAGCAGCCUCCGCUAGCCCGGGACCGGCCUACCAGCUGCAGUGCCCUCGGCUCGCCUCCCUCAGCAGGGCCCCUCCUGAAGCCGGACAGACGGACGGGCCGACAUGGACGUCUUCAAGAAGGGCUUCUCCAUCGCCAUGGACGGCGUGGUGGCCGCAGCCGAGAAGACCAAGCAGGGGGUCACCGAGGCGGCCGAGAAGACGAAGGAGGGGGUGAUGUAUGUGGGAACCAAGACCAAGGAGGGGGUGGUGCAGAGCGUGAGCUCAGUGGCCGAGAAGACAAAGGAACAGGCCAGUGCGGUCAGUGAGGCGAUGGUGGCCAGCGUCAAUACCGUGGCCAGCAAAACGGUGGAAGGAGCGGAGAGCAUCGUCGUCACGGCUGGUGUCGUCAAGAAGGAGGACCUGCUGCGCCCAGACCAGUUGGAAGAAGCGGCUGCAGAGGAGAAUCCAGCGGAAGCCCCGGCAGAGGUCCCAGAAGCCACGGAGAAAGAGGACAAUGGUGGGAAUUAAUCUGGAGCAGAGCUGCCCCGAGCAGAGUCAUCGAGAGUCCCUAGAAACAUAGCUACAUCUGUGCCCUAAGCAACGAGCCCCCUCCCAGCCCACCUCUGCCCGGAAGCCCUCGCCGGACAAAAGGACAGACGCAGAUGGACAUCGGGCCCUGGUCCUCUUUUCCAUCACCUGUUUGCUUCGCCUCUGCCACCGCCACCACCAUGCCGGACUGGGAGCCCGCUCUCGAGCUGGAUCAGCCCUCAGCACUGCUUUCUGGUUCCCCCAUACUGCGCUAGGCUCUGUCCUGGGGAUCGGAAUUUUUUAUACUAAAUAAAGAGGGUUUGGACUCAGCUGC